GUAUUACUGUGUGUGUGUGUGUGUGUGUGCCGACAGACCGACACAGCCUCUGGAAGGAUAUGGUUCUAGCCGUGUCGGUCCUGAUGGCGCUGGGCGGCUGCUGGUUCGCCUACGUCCAGACCAGGAGGUCCCGGGACGACCUGGGGAGGCUGGGGAAGGACCUGGAGGGCCUGCAGAGGGCCGAGCAGAGUCUGCUGGACCUGCAGGAGAA